AUGACUAAUAUGUCGAAAACAGACAGGGAGGAAACUUCAACAGAACAUGGCGAGAAAGCGUACCCACCAUUCAAGAUCGUCUUUACGGCGAUGAUUGCCAUCUGGCUUGCAUUCUUCGUCGUGGCUCUGGAUCGAACAAUCAUCGGUACAGCUGUGCCAACCAUUUCGCAACAAUUUCAGAGUUUUGGGGAUAUAGCCUGGUACGAAUCGGGGUACCUCCUUCCAUUCUGCGUGCUUCAACUUUCUUUCGGACGCAUCUACCGCUACUACUCCGCGAAAUGGACCAUGGUACUCAAUAUUGCCAUUUUCGAAGUCGGCUCGAUCAUAUGCGCAGCAGCGCCAUCAUCCAAGGCCUUGAUCGUAGGAAGAGUUAUUUCAGGAAUAGGGGGAGCGGGCGUAUCGCCGGGUGCUUUCCUGUUGAUCACCUUCCUUGUUCCGAUGCAGUCCCGUCCAAAGUACAUUGGAAGUCUUGGAAGCGUCUUUGGUAUAACUUCGAUAUUGGGACCUAUCCUUGGAGGCUACCUCACAUCAAUUACGUGGCGAUGGUGCUUUUGGAUCAACCUACCUGUUGGAGUGAUUUCUAUAGUACUCUUGGUCUUACUCACACCGAAUUGUCCACCACCAGCAAAACGAGCAAUAACCUUGAGAGACAAGUUUUUCGAGCUCGAUCCGUUAGGCUUCGUUCUGAUCGCAACGUCGCUCGUGUGCUUGUUGCUCGCCAUUCAGUUUGGCCGUAACGAGUAUGCAUGGGGCAGUGGCGUUAUCAUCGCAUUGUUUGUCAUUUCUGGCACAUUUGCCAUCGCGUUCGUCGGAUUUCAGAUUUGGAGAGGUGAAAAUGGCACAAUACCUCCCCGGAUCAUAUCGCAACGCAGCAUUUUCGCAGGUUCCAUAGCUAGUCUUGGCAUUGGCUCCGUUCUUGUCCUCUUUGCCUUCUACCUGCCGAUAUGGUUUCAGGUAGUGCAAGGCAAAUCGCCGCAGGAUUCUGGACUGUCGCUGAUACCACUCCUCCUCAGCGUGGUAGUUGCAGUCAUUACGAGUGGUGUUGUGACCAGCAAAAUAGGUUACUAUCUACCCCCACUUCUGGUUGGCGCUGCGAUUGUGAUUGUAGGUUCCGGCCUGAUGUCCACGUGGUCGGUUGAUGUCGGAAGCGGGAAAUGGAUUGGAUUUCAGGGCCCUAACAUCGCAGCUCAAACAGUCCUCGCCAAGCAGGAUUUAUCGAUCGGAUACGCGGUUAUCAACCAAGCCAAUUUCUUAGGGUCUACAGUCUUCGUCACCGUGGGACAGGCCUUGCUGCAGAGCAAAUUGGCCAAAUUGUUGGAGCCAAUUCUACCUGACACCGAUUUGAAGGGCAUCGGUUCCAGUGGGGCGAUAUCCGUGAGGGAAGAUGCUCCAGCUGGACAAUUGGGAGCGGUUCUGUUCGCAUACAAUGACGCCAUACGGUCUAUAUGGUACCUUGCCCUUGGAUUGUCAUGCCUAACUCUGCUAGCCAGUCUCGGUAUAGAAUGGGGGAGCGUCAUUGGGCAAUCACCAACAGACGAUGAGGAAUUAGAAGGUCAUGAAAGUCAUGAAAAGGUUGCUGGCCUAGUGAAAGAAUAG